AUGGCUAACCCAAAUAAGAGGCCCUUAUCUCCAACAAUCGCUCAAUCUCUCCCAUAUUCCACCAAACAGCCUCCGAGAAAACAGCGCUCGAGGAAGCCACCGAUCUUGGAACAUAGUAAUAAUAAUCACACUCCCGGUCGCAGAACCGGUGCUCCCCAGGUAAAUCAUAUAUCAGCAUCUGCACCUCCGACUGCCACGCUUCCCGAAAGCCAUCAGCCGUUUGCUGUUUCCGUUAUUACGUCCUUAAUGUCUGGAUUCACAGCGAAAUCAACAUUUAGAGAUGGACCCUGGCGGGACUCGACCCUGGGAACAAGGACAAUCACGGGUAUCGCGCCGGUGGCAGUGGGCCCCAACAGAACACAGAACACAAGCCUGAUGACGAUGUCGACGGUACCUCCCGCCAUGUCGAGGAGUUUUGGUAGAUUCGAUGGCCUAGCUCCACCAUCUCUGUCGUCGUCGUCGUCGUUAUCAUCGCCAUCGUCAAGGCAGAUCGAAGACCAUCCGCCAAUCGCUCCCCCGUUGCUAUCGCGCGAAAGCAUGUCAACGGCUUCGGAAUCAACCGACUCUUCUCCCACAACCACCAGUUCGACUUUUGACUCUCCCAUCAUCGUCGAGACCUCUCCAGAUUCUUCUCCAGAGUCACCAAGCUCCAUCAUGCCCUUACCAUCGCUCAAAUCGAGCCACCAGGACCAAGGAUCCGUGAAUCAGUCAUUCCUACGACCGAUGUCUCCGAAUGCGAAUCCCGGUCCAACGGAGUCCUCCAACCGGCGGGCCAAGAAUCUAAAGAACCUGUCGCUUCGAUUGCCAGCCUCGCCUUUCCGUCCUCCACUCUCCACCGCCCCGAUCGCCGAAUCUGGUCGCCAUCUCUCAGAACCAUCAUCACCGGUACGGCCCCAUUCCAGGGGAUCCAAGCGCCGUCCACCUAAUCUGACGAUUCAGACUCCUGGUUUCCAGCGCCCGUACUCUUCCAACGGAACGCGGGUGGUGCCACCAACACCCAGCGUCAGGCCUACCCUCCGACAUAUUGAAUCUUCACCAUCACUCAAUUCCAUACUGUCGCCUACUCACACAAAUCCUAUGAUGCCUGCUCCCUUUCCUUCGAAACCGUUUUCAUUGGGGACGUGGUGCGAUGCCGACCUGGGUAAAGCCUCAAAUCAGACUAACUUUAAUCCUAAUGAACCCCUAAUUGAGUUUGGAGAAGAGGAUGACUGCCCCAUUUCCCGGGAGUCGAGAAAGGGCAGUGAAAGAGGCUACCCAGAUGGCCCAAUACGUAUCUAUGACUCCGGACUUUGGCUCUAUCUGGAACCUAAUCAGGAGGAGGCCUCAAAAUUUGAUGUCGUCUUCAACGUCGCUAAAGAAGUGAACAAUCCGUUCAGCACGGACGGGCCGAAACAUGACACCGUGAUGUCUGUCUGGAAGGCUACUCUUGCCCAGUCAAACGCAGCUUUGCGAGGGGAGGAUCCCGAUACCGCUUGUUCAGAGCUGUCGUUCAAAUCCGCCCUGGAAUCUCUAUCCGACGAAUGUCCGCCAACCCCCAAAGCCAACCGACCGGAACCAGAGUAUAUCCAUGUCCCGUGGGAUCACAAUUCCGAAAUUCUGGACGACUUGUUUCCUCUCUGCGAAAUCAUCGAUAACAGGAUCUCCAAGGGCAAGCGGGUUUUGAUUCACUGUCAAUUGGGAGUAAGCCGGUCAGCCUCGCUCGUGAUAGCGUACGGGCUCUACAAGAACACCCAUCUGGACUUCAACGCGGUAUACGGCAUGGUAAAAGAGAGAAGUUGUUGGGUCGGACCAAACAUGAGCUUGAUCUACCAGCUUACCGAUUUUCGAACAAAAAUUCGGGGCGGGACCAUCACGAGAUCUCCCGCAGACUACAAUGAAGCCAUGAGCACUGCCCAAAGUCCACACAUUCAGACCACAGAUAUCGAAAGAGAAACUGCCCAUUCGAAAGCGGCGGCUUCCACCCCAAACAACGGAAAGCCUGUGGUGGAUCCUUCGAAACUGUUCACCCAGGUCAACCCGUUCAGCCCGGAUACCUCUUCUAACCGAGUUCGAAGACAUAUAACGCCGCGACCUCUACCGUUGAGAGAAAAAUUUCACACCAUUCACUCUCUACGCAAUUCACCCUGCCACGAUGGACCUACCGCCACGACCACAACGACGACCACAACCACCUUUCAGCGUCCUUCGGUACGGUCCGCUCUGCAAAUGGACCUUGUCAUGCAGGACGUACCACCAAGUCCGUCGUUCUUUUCCCCUAAAGCCAGUGAAUUUAUCGCAGCACCCUUCCCGCGGUCAAAGGCUGGUGAUAUUACCUUUGAGAAAUUCGCCAACCUUCAGUCACCGAAUCUCGUUCGCCGCCCUAGCAUGAAUGAUCCCAGGUCACCGCAAAGAAGAGCGGAGCCGAUUAUCAUGAGAAGCAUUGACGAAUUUCUUUGA